AUGGUGUGUUUCCCCUUCUCGCCGCUUGCAAACUGUAACGGUGGUGUCCAGCGGCGAGCAGAGCGGAAGACCCGCAGCGGGCAGAAAGCAAGCCAAGCUCUCCCCACUUCGAGUUUGAGGGCUCUGGACAACUCCACGCCCAGCCAUGGCAGACUCCAAGUCCACGGCUUCGGCCACGACACAGACAAACCCACGGGAAUCCCCGUGGCGCCUUUCAUCGACGAUGUGAACGACUACGUCUCCUCCCGCGCCGAGGUCGAGCCCACGCUCCGUUCGUUCCAGGAGAUGAUCUCCAAAUACCAGUUCAUGGAGGUGAACACACAACGUCGCGCGCAGGGCCUGCGCGACAAGAUCCCAGAUAUCAAGAAGACAUUGGAGAUGGUGCGGUUUCUGAAGACGCGAAAAGAGAAUAACCCAGAGUCUGAACUUGAGACAAACUUCGAACUGAACGAUACACUUUACGCUCGCGCUUCCAUUCCGAUUGCUGAGACGGAGGAGGUUUACCUCUGGCUUGGUGCGAAUGUUAUGCUGGCGUACCCGCUGGACGAAGCUACGACCAUGCUCCAGGAUAAACUAGCGGCUGCGGAGCAAAGCUUGGGUAAUUGCGAGGAGGAUUUGGAGUUCUUACGUGAGCAGAUCACGACUCUCGAGGUAGCCACGGCACGGGUUUAUAAUUGGGACGUCGUACAACGGAGGAAAGAGAAGGCCGAGGGCAAGGGGGAUGACGAAGAGAAGAAGCAGGGCGGCUAA